AUGUCAAAUUCGAGACUCUUAAAACCUGAUACACAUAAAUAUUACCUUAUCGAUAAUGACGAUGUGGUGAAUGAAAAUGAUAUUUCAAGUCAACAGGAAGCUUUAAUAAGCAUUCCUCCUCCUAAGGACAAAUAUCAAAUU